AUGAAGGGGACAAGGCGGAGGCGCUGGUUCAUGUGGGCAGCCCUUCAGCAGCCAGCUUCCUCUGUGUCUUUUUAUUGUCAGCAGGGUGAGGAAGAAGAAAAUAUUGAAUAUCAGACCAUUGAAGAGUGUAAAACAGGCUCCUCGGAGUUGGUGUAA